GGUCCUCAAGGGUUCUGCUUCAGUGUCAAGAUUUGUAUUAUUGUGUGACUGUAAAUGUAAAUAUUUUAUUGCUCUCGUUUUAGUUAUUUUUUUCUUUUAUUUCGGAUCCUAAGGUUUCAUGUUUUCUUAAAUUUGAUCAAUGUACCCUAGUGUACUUAUAACAUUAUACUGUUUUGUAAUCUGAAUACAUUCUGUCAACAUUCUGCAUGUUUUCUAGCAUGUGCAGUUUAGUGAUGUUUUGUCGAAAGUGUGCUGUUGUAGUGCAAAAUUAAUACAGAAAUUAAAAUCAUGACUCUACCAGGCAAUCAAAGUUGUCCCAAUCAGGUUCACACUAAUGCUUCUGCUUCAUUGGAUGUCAAAUCUGGUAGCCCUAAUGUGAGUCCCCAAGCCAGUCCAGGACUUCAAACCAAAAAUCAACAUAAAAGAGAAGCAUCAGUGUCUAGUGUAAAAGAGCUUAUUCCUGACUCUCAAGAGAAAACUGAAUAUUCAAGCAGUACUCCUAAAGAAUUUUGUGUUCAGACUUCAACUUCAGAACUAUCUGGUGGAGAGUUAAGUAGAAGCAAUAGCCAAGAGCCUGUCAAGGAACGCAAAACUUCUGAUAGAGUGAAGAAAAAAACCCCUUGGUAUAGUGCUCUGUAUCCUACUUAUAAAUCACGUAGUGAUGAUUUUAAAAGGAUUUUUAAAGAUAUUCCCAGUGAAGAAAGACUUGUAGUUGAAUAUUCCUGUGCUAUUCAGAGAGAUAUUUUAGUCCAUGGACGCCUUUAUGUGUCACAGAACUAUCUUUGUUUUUAUGCUAAUAUUUUUCGAUGGGAAACGCAGGUGACCAUUAGGUGGAAAGAUGUGACAUCUCUCACUAAAGAAAAGACUGCUCUUGUGAUUCCAAAUGCCAUAUUAGUUCAUACCACUACUGACCGACACUUUUUGACUUCAUUUACUGCUAGGGAUAAGGCCUUUUUAAUGCUUUUCAGAGUCUGGCAAAAUGCUUUAAUGGACCAGCCCAUGUCUACCCAGGAAAUGUGGCAGUGGGUCCAUUCCUGUUAUGGGGAUGAACUUGGACUCACUAGUGAUGAUGAUGAUUAUGUAGCCCCAGCCACUACUGACACACUGAACUCUCAGCCUUUAGAUGAUGAUAAAUCCUUUGGAGGAAAAUGUGAUCGAAAUUCUGACUCAUCCUAUUCUGAGGCCAAUAACAAUAACAGCAAUGAUGGCAAUGUUUUUAACGAAAUUGAUAAAUUUCCACAACCAGUUGUGCAACCACCGACACCGACAUCUCCGUCUGAACAUUUGGCCUCAGAUCCUAGUGAUAGUUCACCAAGUGAAUCCGAAUCUGAAAAGCAAGGUACAUUAAUCGCUUGUCCUUGCCUCCAUGAUGGUAGGCUCUUGGUCCACAUGCAGGUGUCGAUACAUGUUGAUCAGCUGUUCACACAUCUCUUCACUAAUUCCAAGUUUGCCUUUGAUCUUCAUGAGACUAGAAAAAGCACUGAUGUUAAGCAGUCUCCAUGGGUAACUAAUCCGUCAACGAAUCAAAAAGGUCGUACUGUUUGCCAUACUGUUCCAAUAACACAAGCGAUUGGUCCAAAGCAAACCCAGGUUACUGAAUCACAGAAAAUGUUACCAUGUAGUAAACCAGGAGAGAUUUAUGCUAUUGAAAUUGAAGCUAAUAACGCUGGAAUCCCGUAUGCUGAUGCAUUUUACGUUUCAACUCAUUACUGCCUAACAAGAGGAAAGGAUCCUGGUACUUCUACUCUGGCUGUGUAUUGCCAAAUCAAGUAUAGGAAAUCUGUUUGGGGGCUAGUUAAAAACUACAUAGAAAAAAACUGUUGGCUGGGAAUAGAAGAAUAUUUCAAUUCACUUGUUAAAGCUCUUGAGGAAGAGUGUGACAGGACUCGCAAAGCUAUGGCCUCUGGUGUCGUGGGUUCAAAAAGGAAGAUUGGUCGCAGAAGGCAGAAUAAACCACUUCCUUUGCCUCCAACUAUUGCAGAAGAACCUCUAAUCCAACCUUUAGUACUUCCCCAGCCUCCUCCCUCCCAUCAGACCGAUACUUUGGCUUGGGCAAUAUUCUGUGUCUUGUUCCUUCUCCUCGUAUUCAAUGCAGCUCUAUAUUACAAGCUCUGGGGAUUGGAGCAAUUUGAAAGAACUUUUCAAUCUUCUGAUGAAGCCCUUGAAGCACUGAGGUUUGACACAAUGCAAGAAACCCCACAGUCUCCCGAAGAUUGGAAAAUUUUACUUCAAAAACAGGAACAGUUACAUACUGCUGAACUAGAAAGAUGGGUACGAAUAUUGAAAGCCUCAAUUCAUCUUUUAAAUGAAGUUGAGCAGUCUUUGAGUAAACUUCAAAUGAGCCUUCAUACAGUAUUGUCACCGAACAUCUUAAAACAAUCUUCAAGUAGUCCUAAUAAUAAAGCAACUGAAACAAUUCCUAAAAAGUCUCCUCCUUCGACAAAACCACCUGACUCUUCUAAGCCGGUUGAUAAACCAUUAAAUAAUUCAUUGAAUCACACUCCUUCAAAGCUUGGUGAAGCUGCUCAAAAUCUAGCUCAACCGCCACAGAAGAUCGAACUGUAAAUUUGCAUCUUGUCUUUGUCGACAUUUCUUCUGUAACUAUUGUGAUUUUUAUUGUUAAAAUUUUGUUUUAAGCAUUGAAAUUUUAUAGUAUUAUAAGCACUUAGUGACGUGAUAUAAUUAUAGAAAAAGAUUUUAAAAACAAUUUUAACAGAACAUAGGAAUUGGAUUAUUGUAGUUAUUAAAAUCUUAAUUUUUUUCUAAACCUGAAAGGAUUAGAAGAGUUUGCCCUGUUUUGCUCUGCCAUAUUGGUAGAUAAUGAAAUUUGUUCUUAGUGAAAAUGAAAAUUGCCUGAACAUUACAAUUUUUUUAUUCUUAGAUUAAAAAUUAAUAUAAUAAAUACUCUAUGUAUAUAGUGACAUUGUUUUUAUUUAUUUUUUAGUAUUAUGUUUUGAUUUUUGGAGUUAAAUAUAGUUUUAAGCCAAUGGUGCUUUAUAUUAAUAAGUAAAAAUGUGCAAUAGGUGAUCAAAUCAAUAGACAAUCUUUUGUAAUUUAUUAUUUAUUUCUUGUAAAUUGUGGUAUUUGAGAAAAUAGGAAAAUAUUAUAUUUAAUCAGAUACUCUUUUUUCUCAUUUCAGAAAUAUCCUGUUUCUGCACUCCAAGGUUUAAUAAACCAAAAUUUGUUGCAUUUUUAAUUUUCAAACAUUUAUAAUUUUUGUGAUCAAUUAAUUGUUUAAUGAUAACCACCUAAAAAAUAUAUAUUGUAUUUAUUCUUCCAUUAGAUUUAGGUUUACAUACCUCCUCUUGAAAAAUAUUAUGUGCCUGUAACACUGUUUGGACCUGGAUAUUUUCCUUACCAGCCUCGCUCACAGAUUUUAGAUUAGAAUUUUUUUGAUGCCACCAAGUUAGUAGGUGAUAAAAUAAUGUGAUAAUCCCAAAGCGUAAAGUUAUAUUUUCAUCAAUGUGUUUAUUUUGUAGAAUUGUAUCGGGUAAAAGAUAUUCAAUAUAAAUUAAGUUAUGGUAAAAUUAAUAUAAAAGUUUGUUAGAAAUAGAAAUUAGUAUUUCACCUAUCAGAGAUUAUUUAAAUGAAAAAAAAAAAGCUUUGUUAUUAUAUUAUAUUACAUGUAUUUGAAAUUAGAUUUUCUU